CUUUGGAUUCUUUUUACUACCAAUUUGACGACAUUCAGACUCCCCACCACACUUCUCUCUCUCUCUCUCUCUCUCUCUCUCUCUCUCUCUCUCUCUCUCUCUGAGUGUGAACGCAACAAAUCCUCCCCAAAGAGAUAUCUUUGAUUCCAUACUGUAUGCCAACGCGCUCAUCCCCGGCCUAAUUACACACCGAACCUUAGCAUGUCGUAGAGACUACUAUAGCGAUCUCUCGAACAUAUAUCGAAGAACCCGAGAUUCGGCGUACAACAACGCCAAUACAGAUAUGGAAGGAGAUCACCAUCACCAUCCCCACCACCCCCACCAUCACCACCACCAUCGAAACUACGAGCUCCAGGUCUCCUUCUUCUCCACGAGUAACACCCAGAACGAAGACGACAGCACUGGCAACAACAAUAACAAUAACAACAAUAACAGCAGCGGCGGCAAUCCCCAUACGAUCACCGAGAUCGGUUUCAUCCCCUUCGAGGAGAGCCAUGUCCUGGGGUUCCUCGCUCCGCCGCCGCCCCAAUCCACAUCUCACCUCGGUGGGAGCGGAGCCACACCUUCCAGCGUGGGGCUGAGCCACCAGGGAGGCAGCAGCAGCGGUGACGCUGCCAUGACCAGAUCUUCUAAUUGGAACAGCGAUCAUCAGGUGGUGGGAACAGUGGAUCCCAACUCCAAGGCCGCCCAUAACGAGACUUGCAGUGGCAAUGCUCCUCACGACCCCAACAGCUCUUCUUCUUGGUGGAGAAGCGCAUCGACGACGGACAAAGGGAAGAUGAAGGUGAGGAGAAAGCUGAGAGAGCCGAGGUUCUGCUUCCAGACGAGGAGCGACAUUGACGUGCUCGAUGACGGUUACAAAUGGAGGAAAUACGGCCAGAAAGUAGUCAAGAACAGUCUUCAUCCCAGUUUCUCUCCUAAUUUUGGUUGUAGAAGCUAUUAUCGUUGCACGCACAACAACUGCCGGGUCAAGAAGAGGGUCGAGAGGUUAUCUGAGGAUUGUCGAAUGGUGAUAACUACCUAUGAAGGCAGACACAAUCACUCGCCGUGCGACGACUCCAACUCCUCGGAACACGAAUGCUUCUCCUCUUUCUAGUAAGCUAUCUUGAUCAAGCAAAGAGCCUGAAAACUGUUCAUGUUUCCCCGUAAUUUAUGUCCUAGCUAGCGUGUAAUUAAUAACAAUGUUGUUUGGUCAUAUAUAUAUAUAUAUAUAUAUAGAUAUAUGUAUAUCGUAAUGCAAACGGAACGACAUAAUGUACUUCCACAUGUUUUUA